CCUUUUUUGUUGUUGUUGCUUGUAUGGCUGUUCUUUGUCUAAUAUUGUGAUGCAUCAUAUUAUCUUUACUAAAGAUUGAUAGACGCACAGAGAAACGACUCCCCCUGCUGACGGUUCACUGUAACUGCAGGCCAGCCCACUCGCUCAGCUCGACACAACAACACAAACGCCAUCUUUAGCUUAACUACCGAAGCAGCAGAGUUGUGAGACGAAACUAGGUCAGGCGCUGGGAACACGAAAAGACUCUUGAAAAUCUCGCUCCAUAAGCUCGUAGUCGGUGUCUGCCAACCUCCCGACACACCGUUCUGUCCUAUGGUCCAAUGUGUUUGAUCGGUCGGCCAGCUCGAACGCAGUUUUCUUGUGUCGGUCCCGGUUGACGUUGAGUGAUCGCCUUUUCUGAUAAAACAUCCGACGAAGGCGAAAGCCAGGAUGAAACGAGUUCUCCAAGGGAAUGAGCAGGAGGACGGGGGUGGCACCAGUGCCGGGUCUCAGGAGACUCUUAAACGGCCCUGCAAGCAAAGGAGGGAGAACGAUUUGGAGGAGGAGGGCACCCGCUGGGAGUGUCUGCCUCAGGAGAUCCUGCUCCACAUCUUCCAGUACCUGCCUCUACUGGACAGGGCUUACGCUUCUCAGGUGUGUCGAGGCUGGAACCAGGCUUUUCACAUGCCAGAGCUGUGGCGGUGCUUUGAGUUCGAGUUAAACCAGCCGGCCAGCUCCUACCUGAAGGCCACACACCCAGACCUCAUCAAGCAGAUAAUCAAAAGGCACUCCAACCACCUGCAGUAUGUCAGCUUCAAGGUGGACAGCAGCAGAGAGUCCGCAGAGGCAGCGUGUGACAUCCUCUCUCAGCUCGUGAAUUGUUCUUUGAAAACACUGGGGCUCAUCUCCACAGCCAGGCCCAGUUUCAUGGAGCUGCCCAAAUCUCACUUCAUCUCAGCGCUGACAGUGGUUUUUGUCAACUCCAAAUCCCUGUCCUCCCUGAAGAUUGACGACACGCCAGUGGACGACCCCUCCCUCAAAGUCCUGGUGGCCAAUAACAGUGACACACUCAAACUGCUGAAAAUGAGCAGUUGCCCUCACGUUUCACCUGCAGGUAUCCUAUGUGUGGCUGAUCAGUGCCACGGCCUGAGAGAACUGGCUCUCAACUACCAUUUGCUGAGUGACGAACUUCUCAUUGCCCUGUCCUCGGAGAAGCACGUUCACCUUGAGCACCUACGCAUUGACGUGGUUAGCGAAAACCCCGGCCAGCAGUUCCACACCAUCAAGAAGAGCAGCUGGGACGCCAUGGUACGCCACUCUCCCAAAUUCAAUCUGGUCAUGUAUUUCUUCCUCUACGAGGACGAGUUUGGCCCCUUCUUCCGCGAUGAAAUCCCCGUCACGCACUUGUACUUUGGCCGUUCCGUCAGCAAAGACGUGCUAGGCCGCGUCGGGCUCACCUGCCCGCGUCUGGUCGAGCUGGUGGUGUGCGCCAACGGGCUGCGGCCGCUGGAUGAGGAGCUGAUCCGCAUCGCCCAACGCUGCACGCAGCUGUCUGCCAUCGGCUUGGGAGAGUGCGAAGUGUCCUGCAGCGCCUUUGUGGAGUUUGUCAAGAUGUGCGGGGACAGACUGACGCAGCUAUCCAUCAUGGAGGAAGUACUGGUCCCAGAUCACCGCUAUGGGCUGGAUGAUAUCCACUGGGAGGUGUCAAAGCAUUUGGGUCGUGUCUGGUUCCCAGACAUGAUGCCAACCUGGUAGAGAUCUGGAAGAAGGUGUAGGUUUGUAUGAGUUUACGAGUGUGUGUGUGAUGUGUGAGAGUGCCCUCCUGAUUUUUGAGAAAGCUCCCUUCCCAGACAUCACAUGCACCGGCCCGAAGACAUGAAGAAAUAACAUCUCUUUGACUUUUGAUCUGAUAAAAUGUAUGUUCAUUGAUUUCAACUCUACCAUUCAGUUUCAUGUGUAAAAUUUUUAUAUUUAUGUGUAUAUUUAUGCCUAAAUUUGUUUGUUUAGUUGUCAAAUAUAACAUUUAGCACCUUGUUCUCUGAGCCAUCGCUCAUGGGCUAUGAAACCCUGCAGAUUGGUUAUGUGUAGUGUUUCAGGGAGUAUUCAGGGGUGACACUUUACCAGGGGAAUUAACAGGAAUGUCUGGGAAUAACUGGGAAUGAGUGGGGAAAGUUGGGGAGUUAUUCAAUUUACACAGCUUUUAUUUGCUGCAUGCGCAGACUGAUCCGUAGAUAUUUUUACAAUAUGAUGAGCGGGCAUCAAGUAUUAAUCAGAAACCUAACAGUAAUGAGUUUUAUUUCAGUUCAAUAACUUGAUAUACUGAUAUAUUCAACAGAUUGUCGUCAUCACACUACAAAAUAUGUUUUAGGUCCAGCAUUGCAGUAGUUUAGAAAACAGGUGUCUUCAUGUGUGAUGGGAAAAUGCUCAGUACAUUAGAUGGGGAUAAUCACCAUUUAUAAGCUAAUAUAUUUUAUUGAUAUCCAGUUAAAAUCAUCCAAAUUCACAACCUUGACUCUCAUGGAAGGGUUUUGAAUUUUCCUUUUUUGUUUCUGACAUUUCACACACAACCUGGGUAAUGAUAUGUUUUGACUGUACAAGACACAUUUCAUUUUAAAGGAACAGUCACCCUUCACAGUGUGUGCCAAGCUUGUUUGAUCUCGUGACUGCGGUCAGGUAGGCAAUAGCACAUAAAGAUUCCAUGUUGAAUCCAUAUGUCUUUGUUUGAUUUUGGACUCCAUGUGUCUGUCAUCAUCUGUUAUCGCGUCCCUACAUAAUGUCAUCAAAUGUGUUUCUGAGUCACUGCACCAAGUGUGCAAGUGUCUUUCUCCGUCCUUGGAUUUGGAUUUGACAUGGACGGCGCUAAAGACAGCUCCAUCUCCCUUUUUAUAAGAACAGCUAUUUGUGAAGGUGGUGCUCUGUAGUGACUUUGGCCAUAAUCAUGUUUGUUUGUAUAUGCUGUAUAUAUCUAUACAUGUGUAUAUAUCUAUCUAUAUAUAUAUAUAAGAGUGAUGUUUGAGCAUAUUUUUGUGUGUAAUGUACAGUAGCUAUAUUUCUGUAAUGCCUGACACAUGUUCCUAUUGUAAUUGUACUUGUAAAUAUCAAAGUGUUAAAUUGCAAAACAAAAUUUGGGGAUGGGGGGUGGGGGUGGGGGGUAAAAUGUAGGCAUCAUAUAUCUGUACAUUUAGUGAAUCCUACUGAUGCACUUUUACUCUAACGAAGGACUCCGCAGUGUCAUUGGGGCAUGAAAUGAAACACAAUCUGCAGCCUAUUGGUGGUACAUUUUGGCAGUGGUCAGUAAAUCUGUCAGUGAAUCACCCUUGGUAGUUAACUUGCUUUUUAUAGAGUUGUUUUCUAUUCUAUAAAAACAAAGUUAGUUCUGAAAAAGUAAAUUUGCAGGUGGUAUUGUUGAAUUAUUAACAGUUGGAAAGCUUCUGGGAAAAAAAACAGACCUGCUCAAUCACUGCACAAUCAGUCACUGUGCCAAUAGUCUAUACAGUCUAUAGCCUACCUAAAAAGAUAUAUAAUCUGGCUUAGCAUUUCAAAAAUAUAUAUAUAUAUAUUGGAUUGUAAAAAGAGCAGAGAAAAGGCCGAUAUUUUCAAUCAUGGUCAGUUGAAAAACACACAAGAUCUAAAAAACAUUUUUCUGUUUGUGAAUUGAUCUUAGAUGUAAAUGUUUAAUAAUAAUUAAGGAUUGAGGAUUUACACGCGAGCACAGGGCUGCACAAUUACAACCAGUGCUAUCAUACAGAAACACCUGGCUGGCCUAUAAUAAGAACAGUUCUUUUGGCAACUUAAAUUGAUGGUGGUACUUUAUAUUUAGUAUAUAAUAUAUUUAGCUGUUGCAUAAAAAGAUUAAGUGCCACAUCAUCCAGAAACUCCAGAGCUCAUUUGGAUGUGGCAGCUGCUGUAAUAUAAUUGAUAAAAAUGUGAAAAUUAUGAUUUUUUAAUGAGGUAAUUGUGCAGGCCUGAAGAGAUGAGAUGGUGUGGCAGCUGAAUAUUGAUGUAACUGAAUGUUUGGAAGAAUGUGUAAGAAUGAAAUAUUUAUGUCUUGCUAUUGUUUUGUUGCAAUAGAGUGAAAGAAUAAUAUUUGGAACGUGUCUUAAGGUGGACUUAUCAAGGAUGUUGCCUGUGUACUUUGUUUCAACCCUUGGACCAUGCAAGGAAAGAGACCUGUAAAUCAUUAUGUUCAGUUUAAAUGGAUACUUGUUUUACAGAGUUGAUUUUUAUGUGUUGUGUAUUUUGUUUGAAAACGUUAAUCAAAAGGAAAAAAAUCACUUCACAUUAAUGUCUCUUCAGUUGUUCCCCUUUAAUAGGAAUCCAUGAUCAUGUCUUAACUUUUUCUCUUUCUGAAGGUCAAUAAGGCCUGGAAAUUGACUUUUUUCUUUCACUGGCUUACAGUACGUUUUAUUGUGUAUUUAUAAAGACAUGCCAUCUGCUGUUUAUUAUUAAAUGCAUUUGUAUUCAGUGCUUACAGAUGAUUAUUGUAAUAUUCAACUAUAGGCCUAGUUUGGCCUAGUUUUUUAUAGAGUGUACAGUGGCAGUGUGUUGUUUUUAUUUUAGCUAAACAAGGCUGCAUUGUACUGAGAUUUAUUGGAAGGUAAUUUCUUGUACUUUCCCCAAAGAUAUGUAAUAUUUAAGUUCAUAGCCAUAUUAAAAAAAAUGCCUGUUUGAAGACAA